CAUUUGGUAGUCAGCGGUUAAAAAACACUUGAGUUGAAAGAGUUGAAGAGUAGAUGAUGGAAAUUAAUAUAGCAACCCUUCCCUACCAAUAUUAAUUCCAUUUAUGGUCACUAACUAGUAUCAUGUAACCGUAACAUCCAUUUAUUCUAUAUAACAAACUAGCACCCUUUCAUUUCAAAUCAUUCCAUACCCAAAUUGUUACCAUUAUCACUCCCCCAAAAGCAAAACAAUGGCACCAACUUCAUCACCACCAACCACUCUUGCUUCCAAGAAUCGAGUCCUAAUCAUUGGUGCAACAGGUUUCAUGGGAAAAUUUUUGACUGAGGCAAGUCUUUCCUCAUCACAUCCAACCUAUUUGUUGAUCCGCCCCGGAGGACCUCUUCUUUCUCCCAAGUCUACCACUAUUAAGACUUUCCAAGACAAAGGAGCCAUUAUCGUUUACGGUGUGGUAGAUAACAAAGAGUUCAUGGAGAAGAUUUUGAAGAAGUAUGAAAUAGAUAUAGUAAUUUCUGCAAUAGGAGCUGAGAGUUUACUGGAUCAGAUUACUUUGGUGGAGGCAAUGAAAUCAAUUAAGACCGUUAAGAGGUUUUUGCCUUCAGAAUUUGGUCACGAUGUGGACAGAGCAGAUCCUGUGGAGCCAGGUUUAGCAAUGUACAAACAGAAACGUUUGGUUAGACGUGUGAUCGAGGAAUCUGGUGUACCCUACACCUACAUUUGUUGCAACUCCAUCGCAUCUUGGCCUUACUAUAACAACUGUCAUCCAUCAUCGCUUCCUCCACCGUUGGAUCAGUUGCACGUCUAUGGUAACGGCAAUGUCAAAGCUUACUUUGUUGAUGGCUUUGAUAUUGGAAAGUUCACUAUGAAGAUAGUUGAUGAUCAUAGAACAAUCAACAAAAAUAUUCAUUUUCGUCCUUCUAUUAACUGUUAUAGCAUGAAUGAACUUGCUUCUUUGUGGGAGAGUAAAAUUGCUCGGAAAAUCCCUAGACUUUUCGUCUCUGAAAACGAUCUUCUAGCAAUAGCCGCAGAAAAUAUCAUACCAGAGAGCGUUGUUGCAUCACUCACUCAUGAUAUAUUCAUCAAUGGAUGUCAAGUUAGUUACAAGAUAGAUGGAGUUCAUGAUGUUGAGAUUAGCACUCUUUAUCCCGGAGAAUCAUUCAGGAGCAUGGAGGAUUGUUUUGAGAGCUUUGUUGUCAUGGCGGCCGACAAGAUUCGUAAAGGGGAGAAUGGAGUUGCCGGCGGAACAAAGUCUAUGGUAGAACCAGUAAUAAUCACAGCUUCCUGUUGAAGUUAUAUAUUCUUUUGAGUCAUAAGACAUGUUGAUGUUAUUUUCAAGACUGUCCCAUCAUAUGUCAUGUGUUUUUGUUGAAUAUUUGUACUAAGUAUGAAUGACUGUUGUAGUGUUGUAGUGUCUAUGUAUGUUCCGAGUGGCAACAACUUAUUGUUAUUCUGUGUUCGCUUUAAAGUAUUCAUGUAGUUGUGUUGCUUUCUAAUAUUUGCUAUAAAAGAAACUGUCUUUUUCCCCCAA